AUGGCACCUUUGGUUCACCUGUACGAAAAAAUAAAAACCAAAGCACUGACCCGUCUUCAGCAUGACGGAUUGUUCCAAUCCAAAGACAUCACCCAACCAUCUGGGGGAUAUUACAAAGACCCGGCCGGGUUUGCAAUGGACAAAUAUGCAUACUACAUGUGUUCGAAAUGUCAGGAGCCAUACUUUGGUGGAGAAGGGCGUUGCCAGGACGAGGUAGAGGAGGCGGAUCCAAAAGAAUUGAUCUGUCCACUGUGUAGUGAUACCACCAAAAACAAAGUGUGCUCUCGGCACGGCUCUGAUUACCUCCAGUAUAAAUGUCGUUAUUGCUGCUCCUUAGCCACAUAUUACUGUUUCGGCACCACUCAUUUCUGUGACCCGUGCCACAGUAACCAUACUAUGGUACACGGAAAACCCACAUCUAGCCUCCCCAAGUGUCCGGCUGGACCAUGUGGUAAACAACUUAUAGGUUGCUCCUGUCCCCUCGGCAUAGAACACCCUCCCACAGGGGAAGAGUUCGUCAUCGGUUGUGCACUGUGUGUGAAUUCCAACUCGUUUUAA